AUGUUAAUUUUUGCAAGUUUGUAUCUUGCUAAUGGAUUCUCAAUUAAUGAAGAGAGUUACGAAAGCCAAGCACUGCCUACCGACACUUGCCCUUCUUCCUGUAGUUGUAUAUGUGAUGAAGACGAAGUACCGAGAUCAAAAAGACAAGGAACCUCAACAAUAAUAACAACCCUAUCGACUAUAUCUACAUUGACAGCAACCACUUCUACAUUAACGUCGACUCCAUCAACAACCAUAACAACCCAAUCGACAAUGACGACGUUAACUCCAUCCGUAACUUCGACAUCAACAACUACAACAACAACAUCAACUACGGAUACGUCAACGACAUCUACAACUUCUACAGCAACCACAACCACAACAUCAACAGAAACUACAACAUCAACAACAACCACAUCUACAAGUACGACGUCAUCAAGUUCAACAUCAACGACUACUACUUCGACUUCAACUUCAACUACAACUACCACGACAACUACUACAACUACGCGCUGUCCUAAUACAUGUUGGGAAGAAGAUUGCGAAACAGGUACCAGGAUUAGUAUAUCUUGCCCUAGUACAACUUUUUCAACGUCAUCAACUACAACAACAUCAACUACAACAACAUCAGAUACAACAACAACAACAACAACAUCAACGACAACAACAUCUAAUAGUGUAUUACCACCAAAUUGUCAAGAUCUUGAAGCUGAACUAAGACGAAUAAAGUUAGGAUUAGGUAUCGGUUUAGGCUCUGGUAUGUUGAUAACCAGUGCAUUGGCGAUUGGUAUUUAUAUUUAUUUUUCUAGACGGUUUGCACAGUAUAAACUGUCAUCAUCACUAGGAGCGAAACAACUCACUCGAUUUUAA